AUGGUGCCAAGUUUGUGGAGACACCAGCUGCAACGACAGCGCCUGCGUCAAAGUUUCCUGGAGUGUACUCAGUCCGAGCACAUCUUGGAGCAGCACUUCUUCAUGGGCCAGCCGAUCACUCACGAGGCAAAGGAUGAACUGGCAACCUUUGGGGAUUUGGUCGUGCUUUCAGUGCCUGAAGAAGACUUGGAGAUCAAAGAGCUUAUGGCAAGAAGACAGGCGGAAGCUCAAACUUCACUGGGCCACCAGGUCCUGGAGAGGCCUUCACCUGCAGUCCUAAGACUGCUUGGAAGUUUGGUUUGGCUUAAGGACCAGCGACCUGACCUGGAUCUCGUUAUCAAACUUGAGGACUCCAGCAACGUGCUGCCCAGAUUGCUGGAGCAGGUGUCAGGCGAUCUCCACAUGACAUUGCUGGGUGCGAUUCAUGAUGAUUUCCCGCUCACAGUCCCUCCUGGAGAAGUGCAGGCUUGUGAGACGUGCGAUAUCCCCCUGGAAGCCGAACUUUUUUGUUUGGAGAUGAUUCGAGUCUCCAUGUCUGGCAUGGAUAUGGGUGGCUGCUUGCGGAUUGCAUCGGAGUGCUGCAGAGGCGACAGCGACUGCGGAGACUUGGAGCGUUGCACUGCGAUGGCGCGACAGCUCGGUAUGGAAACCGUUCUGUACCUCGGCACAGCUUUUGCUCCGCCUUUCCCGGAUCCAAUGGCAUGGGCAUUGGGACGUGGAUGUGUGGACUUUGUCACGGAGAACAUGGAAGAUUUGAAGAUGCGCAUGGAUGCACCUGAGCUUCUACUGGGCUUUUGGCUCGCCGGGCUUGAGGACAUGAAGAUCGAAGCUUUUGGACUUGGUGACCUUUGA